AUGAGCCCGUUGAGACACCAGGUGGUGAAGAUCUAUAAAGAGCUUCUCUUUCUCGGUCGAGACUAUCCUCUUGGAUACUCAUAUUUCCGAGAACGACUGCACCACGCUUUUGCCAGCCAGGCGAGCAUCACGGACGAGGCCGAGAUCAGAAAAGGAAUAGAGAGAGCCAAGUUUGUGAAGAAAGAUCCUGACAGUAUGACAGAAAUCGAAGCAUUGUACGUGAAGAAUAUCUGGCAAAUUAUAUACUCCGUAUAUACUCCCAAGGUCGUUAAAUAA